UAAAGAAGAAGGAAUCCUACUCCAAUAAGGAGUUGGAAAUUCUCUUUGAGUUCUAUUCAAACAAGGAGAUAGCAAUUUUGUUUAUUCCUUCCUAAGUUAGGAAUCCUACUGCAUUAACGAAUAGUGAAGUCAAUUCCUACUAGGAAGUGCUUGAACUGAUCUUUUCAUUUUAAUUUGUCUAGGUUUCAAUCAUUUCAAGCGGUGAUGACAAGUCAAGCACUAGAAGACGCCAUGUGGAUGAACCUCUCAUGCUCAAAGUAAUGCAACAACAAUUGCAGAGGCUGGACAUCAUGUUUGGUGAGAUUAGAGACAAAAUGGAGAAGAAAGAUGCAGCUAUAGCCAAUUUAUACCAAAUACAUAAUGGAAGUCCGAAUUUGCAUAGGAAUGACACUAAUGAUUAUCUCAAUAACGGUUAUGAAGAUGCAUUCAACAAUGAUGCCCAAAACUCAAAUUUCAGCAUGGACAGAUUUAUGAGAGGUAGCAUCAAGAUGAAGAUUCCUCCGUUUCAAGGCAAAAAUGAUCCAGAUGUGUAUUUGGAGUGGGAAAGGGCUUUACUCAAGGGUCCGAAAGCAUUGAGGAUUAUCACAAAGAGAUGGAAAUCGCACUGUAGAGCGAAUAUGGAAGAGGAUAGAGAAGCAACUAUGGCACGGUUUCUGCAUGGCUUAAAACGUGAUGUAGCUAAUGUGGUAGAGUUGCAGCAUUAUGUGGAAUUAGAAUAUAUGGUGCAUAUGGCGAUGAAAGUAGAACGGCAACUCAAGCACAAAGGAGCCACCAGCAGAACUGGACAAAAUUCAGGUUCCUCAUCUUCUUGCAAACUGAAUUGGAGCAUAAAGGAAGAAAAUUCUGCUUUUAAGCCUAAAACUACAGCAUCUAAGGGGCAUGUUGCAUCGCAAUGUCCUAAUAAGCACACGAUGAUCUUGAGAGAAGAUGGAGAAAUGGAAACCGAGGGUGAAUCUGAUGAUGAAUCUAUGCCACCAUUAGAAGGUGCUAAUGAUGGUGUGGAAUAUGCCGUAGAUGGAGAAUUGCUCGUCACCAGGCGAGCUUUGAAUGUGCAAGCUAAAGAAGAUGAUGAAGUACAACGUGAUAAUAUAUUUCACAUGAGGUGCCAUGUCAAAAACAAGGUAUGUAGUGUGAUUAUUGAUGGUGGUAGUUGUACUAAUGUAGCUAGCACUGUUCUAGUUGAAAAGCUUAAUUUACCUAUGACGAAGCAUCCAAGGCCAUAUAAGCUGCAAUGGUUAAACGAUUGUGGAGAAAUCAAGGACUUCAAGGACAUGUUUCCAGAGGACAUCCCUAAUGGUUUACCACCAAUAAGAGGAAUUGAGCAUCAGAUUGACUUCAUUCUAGGUGCAACAAUUCCAAAUCGACCAGCAUAUCGAAGCAACCUCAAUAAGACAAAAGAACUUCAAAAGCAGGUUGAAGAACUCGUGAAGAAGGGGCAUGUGAGAGAAAGCAUGAGUCCAUGUGCAGUUCCAGUGCUACUUGUGCCUAAGAAGGAUGGGACUUGGCAUAUGUGCAUUGAUUGUUGCACUGUCAACAAAAUCACUCUGAUGGAAUUACAAAAGAUUAAGGCUAUUGAAGAAUGGCCAACACCUAAGAAUAUUUCUAAGGUGCGGAGUUUUCAUGGUUUGGCAAGUUUCUACCGGAGAAUCAUCAAGGACUUCAACACAAUUGCAGCUCCAUUGACUGAAAUCGUGAAAAAAAGUGUCAGAUUUAAGUGGGACAGUGAACAGGAGAAUGCUUUCAAUUCGAUUAAGGAAAAUUUAUUUUCUGCACCAUUACUUGCUUUACCUGAUUUUACUAAAACUUUUGAAAUUGAAUGUGAUGCAUCAAGUAUUGGCAUUGGCAUUGUUUUGAUGCAAGAGUGGCGGCCUAUUGCGUUUUUCAGUGAAAAAUUGACUGAAGUGUGUAUGGUUUUAAUCCACUCACCCAAAUUGCCAUUACCCACUGAUGAACGGGCUAGUUUGGACGGGAAAAAGAAAGCUGAAGUGGUUAAGCAACUACAUGAGAGGGUGCAACAAAACAUAAAGCGACGAACUGAGCAAUAUGCAAAUCAAGCCAACAAAGGGCGUUCUACGUUGCAACCAAGAGGCGAUCGACCAUUUCAAGUGAUUGCAAGGACAAACGACAACGCAUACAAGUUGGAGUUUCCUGGUGAGUAUAAUGUUAGUGCUACUUUUAAUGUUUCUGAUCUUUCUUCUUUUGAUGUACGUGAUGAGUUGAGGACAAAUCUUUUUGAGGAGAAAGGGAAUGAUGGGAAUCAAGAUGACCCCACAUGUACCAUGUCAAGAGAUCCAUUACAUAUUCCAGGAGGUCCAAUCACAAGAGCUAGAGUUAGGAGGAUGCGAGAAGCUUUAACUGGCCUUAUUGAGCAAAUCUGGGUUGAUAACAACAUGCAACAAGUAAAUCGAAGCUUGGAUGAUUAUCAAGGCAUCAUCAUUCAGAUUCAAGAGAAGCUUAAUUGAGGUUCAAGAGAAGCUUAGUUGAGGUCAUUUGCAUGGAAUUACACAGUUUGUGUCAAAAUCGCACAAUUCUGCCACAAUUUGUAGCAAACUGAUAUUUUGUGUUAUUUUAGGUUAUUUUUAGUGAUUUUCACGUUUUUUGUAUUAUUUUUGGGCUAAACAUUCACUUAUUUGAAGCCCAAUUCGUGGUUAUUAGGUUUAG